CGCAUGAUGUUGAUGUCAAUGUGUUGAUGGCCGACGGGGAUGAACUAAAAUUAUUUACUUUUGUUGCUGUCUUAUCAUCCUAGAGUGAUUGCGCUGGUUAAAAUUGUCAAAAUCCUCUUCUUACCAACUUGUGAUAUUGCUGUCAAGUGUCAAGCCUUGGAUCUCUAUAAAGAAACUGAACUCUGAAGUUUCAACAGACUGACUUUGCAGCCCAUCCUACAUGAUCCUGACUCCUUAGCAUCUGCAGGUGUUCAUUAUAUUUAGCAGCAGCAAGUCCACAAGUCAGCAGCAUAGACACCUUGCUGCUUCAUCUUUGAAAUGUCUUCCCAUUCAUAGGGAUCACAUGAUUUGAAGACCAUUUCUAAACCGAUCUCACUACCAGCUGAACUCCUGAAGCCAAGGAGGCCACCUCAUCCAUGAUGCAGAAUCUGUUAUCAUUAUCACUGCUGCUGGUAGUUCUGGCACCUUUUGUUUCCCCUCUCCGCCUCACAGGCACCUGGCAUUCAGACUCCUUCUUCCUCUUCCUCUCAAAGUUCGGCUUCCAGCGCACCAGCAGUCCAAACCGGCGCGACUCGGAGGGGCACAUAUUCGGCAACGUCACCACCGUGUCCGGCUCGGAGUCUGGCGAGCCGGGCGCGCUGCUCGCCGUACUCGACCGCACCUUCUUCCUCGACUUCUACACCAACAGGAGCUGGCCAGCGCGAGACGCCGCCUGCCGCCGCAUGUUCGCCGGACUGUCGCGCGUGGCCUACGACGCGCGCUGCUUCGAUGAUGGCGAGGAGGACUUUCUGCGCCGCGUGCCGUGUCCGCGCGGGGCGCUCUGUCCUGACGAGGACGCGCCGGAGAAUGUGGUGACCGGUCACCAGUUCACCUACUCGAUUCAGGACGUCCACCAGCCGAGGUUCUGGUACAUCAGUCUGGUGGCGUGUCACCGCGACCCGGUGACGUGUGAGUGGCGUCAUACCCGUCAGCCAAUCAGCGUCCAGUACGACAUCUGGUUGGUGAACGGAGACCCGAGGAAACGCGCCCAGAACCCGCUCGAGUACCAGUUCUCGUUUGAUGAGCAGGACACCGUAGAGGUGCACCUGGCCUUCCUCGGCCUGUACACGCUGCUGGCGCCCUUCCAGCUGUAUGCCUCGCUGCGCCAGCGUCACAGCCUCACUCGGCUGUUCACGGGCGCCCUGGUGACCGGCCUGGCCGGGUGGAUGCUCCGCGCCGCGCACAGCGUCAAAAUGGCGCUCGACGGCGUCGGCUGGCGGCCAGUCAGCAUCAUCGGCGACUGUCUCAACAUGGCCGCUCAGCUGCUGCUGAUGCUGGUACUGAUGUUGCUGGCUCAGGGGUGGACGGUGCGUGAUCCGCUGAUCUCCGGGAACCGGCGAAUGCUGGCCAUCUGGGGCGUGUACGGCGUCAUCAGCGUGGUGCUGUACGUCUGGAACCUGACGGAGGUGGACGUCAUAUACGACAUUGACGAGUACCAGACGUGGCCGGGCUGGCUGGCGCUCUCUCUGCGGCUGCUCAUCAUGUGCUGGUUCCUCUGGGAGCUACGAGACACUGUGGCCAGCCAGCGCGACCCGGACCCGGGCCGGCUCCAGUUCCUGCUGCACUUUGGUGCCGCCUCGCUGCUCUGGUUCCUCUAUCUGCCGGUGGUGGCGCUAGUGGCGCUCACCAUCAGCGCUCUGUAUCGGCAUAAACUGCUCCUCGCUCUGUCCGGCUCGGCAGACUUCCUGGCGUUCGCCAUCAUGACUCAGCUCCUGUGGCCGGCACGCUCGCGAAGCUACUUCCAGUUAGACACACCCGAGCUAGACGUCACAGACGAACUGGAGGAGUUCAGUCAGGCUACACACGUCCUUCUGUCAGAGGCGGGCCGCGCCGCCAGCCCGGACCGGCCGCCCGCGGGACUGACACUGCCCCCGCCGCCGCUGAAGGACGGGCCGGAGGAACAGCAGGAGCCCGAGCCAUGGCCGCUGCCCGAUGUGACCCGGAGUAGUGGUGAGCCGGGCCGCCAGCCGGCCGAGAGUAGUGUGUUCAGUCCGACCGAUGCGGCUGGGAACGAUACAGAACUGCUGCUGCUGGAGCUGGCUGACGAGAGGACUGGGGGCGCCAGUGUCCAGAGCUGAGGGCGCUAGUGGUACGGACUGGGGGCGCCAGUGUCCAGAGCUGAGAGUGCCGGUGGUACGGACGGGGGGCGCCAGUGUCCAGAGCUGAGGACGUCUGUCGUAAAGGCUCAGACUUUUUUAUCUGAAUGGGACUAGAGCCGCGAGUGAUCCGGCUGAGGGCGCCAGCGUUCCGGAUUAAGGGUGCCAGUGGCAGUGACGCGAGCUGAGGGCGCCCAGUGCAGCGUUUGAGCUAGUCACGACCGAACCCAAUUGCUAACCAGCCUACCGGGCUGGGUAGGCGGGGAAAAGUCAUAGCGUCCUGGAGCUUCGUCGAUAGAUGUUUUUUUCCAUGAAGUUGCUUAUUUCGGAGCUUCGUCGACUGGAGGGGUGAGCCACGAGAGUCUGGCAGUAAUUUCUGUCACCCGCAGCCGGGCUGGCAUUGGGCGACAUCCUAGACAUGCAUUAUCGUGGAAUACUGUUGACAAACCGGACCACCUUGCCAUGCAGCCGCCUAGUCCAUGAUUGGGUCUCAUUGACGAACAAACUAUUUACGUGAUCGACAGUUGACAACCUCCCAACCUCCCACUGUUGUAAAGGGCAUUUACGCUAUACGCUUCGACAUAUACGGUUUAUGGAUGUUUAAAUGUAGCAUGAUAAGUGAAUGCUUAUCCCCGCAUGGUUACCAACCUUUAUUUUUAUCUGAAUGCUCUGCCAUGCAAGAGGGAGCAGUGUGUUGUAAUGUCGCUCCUCGCUCAGUACAUAGUCGAUAUUCCUUAGCGAUUAGAACGGCACGAGCUUAUCAACUAUGGCAAUGUGUAUCACUGUGAUAUGGGAAGACAGUGAACUGGUAGUGUUACACGUCUUGUGUGGUCAAUGCGUGUGAAUAUUUAGCUUCUUGUGAGCACCCGAUAUGGGCAUUUGCCAUUUAUGAGCCAUGGCCGGCCUUUUUUGUGGUUGCUGCAAUUUAGUAUGAUUCGUCGUGGAUGGUUGUGACUUGUGAGGCUAAUGUACUGCGAAUGAUCUGUUCGGUCCAUGUCCCAUCCCACGAUCCGAACAGUUUGCCUGCUUGUCUGAUUUGAAUGUAUGUACGGCCCUCCAGGUAUAAAGUGGUUGGUUGCCAACAUUACAAUAA